AUGUCUCGGCAAUCAAGUGUAUCGUUCCAGAGUGGGGGCCGCCGUGGCUUCAGCGCCUCGUCCGCGGUCACCCCCUCUGUCAACCGAACCAGCUUCAGCUCUGUCUCUGUAUCCCGGGCAGGAGGUGGUGGUGGCGGCGGCUACGGCCGCAUCAGUGUUGGUGGCGCCGGAGGGGGAGCCGGCUUUGGCAGCAGGAGCCUUUACAACCUUGGAAUGUCCAAGAGGAUCUCCUUGGGAGGCGGUGGUGGCUUCAGGAGUGGCUACGGAGGGAGAGUAGGAGGUGGAUAUGGCUUUGGUGGAGGAGCCGGUGGUGGCUUUGGUGGAGGAGCAGGUAGUGGGUUUGGUUUUGGCGGUGGGGCUGGUGGUGGCUUUGGGCUCGGUGGUGUACCUGGCUUCGGUGGAGGUUAUGGGGGAUCUGGGUUCCCUGUCUGCCCCCCUGGUGGCAUCCAAGAGGUCACUGUCAACCAGAGUCUCCUGACUCCCCUCAACCUGCAAAUUGACCCCACCAUCCAGAGGGUGAAGACUGAAGAGAGGGAGCAGAUCAAGACCCUCAACAACAAGUUUGCCUCCUUCAUCGACAAGGUGCGAUUCCUUGAGCAGCAGAAUAAAGUGUUGGAUACAAAAUGGGCACUGCUCCAGGAGCAGGGUCAUAAGACUGUGAAACAGAAUUUAGAACCACUCUUUGAAAACUACAUCAGCAAUCUCAGGAGGCAGCUAGAAGGUCUUCUGAAUGAGAGGGGCCGCCUGGAUGCUGAGCUGAGGAAUAUGCAGGAUACCGUGGAAGAUUUUAAGAACAAGUAUGAAGAUGAAAUCAACAAGCGUACUACAGUCGAAAAUGAAUUUGUGAUACUCAAGAAGGAUGUUGAUGGUGCCUAUAUGAACAAGGUGGAACUGGAAGGCAAGGUGGACAGCCUCACCGAUGAGGUCAACUUCUUGAGAGCCCUCUUUGACAUGGAACUCUCUCAGAUGCAGGUUCACAUCUCUGAUACCAACGUUGUCUUGUCUAUGGACAAUAACCGUAACCUUGACCUGGACAGUAUCAUUGCUGAGGUCAAAGCUCAGUAUGAAGACAUUGCUAACCACAGCCGAAAAGAAGCUGAGACCUGGUACCAGACUAAGUAUGAAGAGCUGCAGCAAACAGCAGGACGCCAUGGAGAUGACCUCCGCAAUACCAAGCAUGAGAUCUCUGAGAUGAACCGGAUGAUCCAGAGGUUGAGAGCCGAGAUUGACAACGUCAAGAAGCAGUGUGCCAAUCUGCAGGCUUCCAUAGCAGAUGCUGAGCAGCGUGGAGAGUUGGCCCUUAAGGAUGCCCGGGCCAAGCUGGCCGAGCUGGAGGAUGCCCUGCAGAAGGCCAAGCAGGACAUGGCCCGUCAGCUGCGCGAGUACCAGGAGCUGAUGAAUGUCAAGCUGUCCCUGGACAUUGAGAUUGCCACCUACAGGAAGCUGCUGGAGGGAGAGGAGUGCAGGCUGAGUGGAGAGGGAGUUGGACCAGUGAACAUCUCUGUGGUCACAUCCAGCGUGUCCGGGUCUGGCGGCUACAGCGGCGGCGGCUUCGGCAGCGGGCUCGGCGGCGGCGGCCUCGGCGGCGGCCUCGGCGGUGGUCUCGGAGGCGGGCUCGGGGGCGGCCUCGGAGGUGGGCUCGGAGGCGGCAGCGGUUUCUCCUACUCCAGCAGCAGCGCAGGGGGCUCUGGCUUCAGCUCCGGCAGUGGCCGGGGGCUGGGGGUUAGACUGGGAGGCGGUGGGGGCAGCAGCUCCAGCGUUAAGUUCGUGUCCACCACUUCCUCCUCCCAGAAGAGCUUCAAGAGCUAA